ACAAUCGCAAACAACACAGGGACCCAGUUGCCAGCUUGGAUAAAGUGUUUGGUGGGCGAACUUACAAGACACUUUUAAAGCGAGGCAGGAGGUUGACGCAAGCACAACGUGAUUGAAUGACAACAACAUGUUAACCGCUCGCAACAUAUCCACGUUUAUCCUUGUGCUUGUUCUUUUGAAAGGUACAAAGACAGCCUUGGUUCAGCUGACGACAAACAAUAUAUACUCAACAUACAUCGAGCUGGUGGAUAACCACUUUGACAUCUCAAACGUCACGUCAUUUACAUUCGAGGUCACGGUUUGUAAUGAUGGAUUUGUAGGCCUGGCGGAAUUUUACGGAGACACAACUAAAAACUUCUACGAAAUCUUACUGGAUGGGUAUGGUGAGCAACACAAAUUUGGAGUUCGGGAUGGGGCUUCAAGUGCUUUAGAAGCUGACACGAAUGACCCGACCAUGGCAAGCUGCAGUGGCUUCAAACCCUACUGGGUGAGCUGGUCAGGGGGCGUGGUCGCUCUGGGUGCUGGAGACACCCCGGGGGUGUCCGGAAUAGUGGAAUGGGAUGAUCCAGACCCCCACCCUGUCAACUAUGCUCUGAUAUCAUCUGGCUUUGGGGCAGUAGGACAAUGGAAAUUCUACAACAAAGACGGCGGAUGGAGUCCCUGGACACAGUUGUCACGUUGUCAAGGGGAGCCGACUGUGGAACGUCGGGUCCGUUACUGCAACAACCCACUUCCGGAACUAGGCGGAAACUGCACUGGAGCCGGUGAAGACAUCAAGCCAUGCAGCCUGUACUGGACUCUCCUGAUGCCAAGAGCCAAGAUGUCGACGGCUAUUCUGGCGACGGCGUCUGCAAGGUCAAGGACAGACUGCUGCAGUGCCUGCCUCCUGCACCCUGGAUGUCGUGGCGUCAGUUACAGCACAACUACGUCGUCAUGCAUCUUCGCCGACGGGAAACCUACAGUUGGCUCCCUUGAACAAGAUGAUGGCUGGGACACCUGGAUCAAGAACUAAAGCAUUCGUGACCAACUCGUGUUAUUCCGGGACAAGCCGAAUAGCGACUCGUGCCCCUCUCAUGGCCAUUUUUGCGACAAGGUUCCGUCUCAAUUAACUCGUUCUGUAAUGGUUCACAUAUAUGUCCCCAUAUAUUAUAUAUAUUUCAGAUGCAAUUUAAAGCAC